AGCACUAAGGCGUAACCUGUAAAUGAGAGAAGAUGUUUUCAAACAGACGGAUCAUUUUUCCUCCCACCCGACCUCUUUCGUGCUCAGACACCCAAAGCAAAGCGUGAGAUGUGGCUCUGGAAGUACACCAACACUGUGCACUUUCUAGGGCGCCAAGGGAGAGGUCUUUUAUCUGAGCAGGACAAAAGAUGUCACUUCUCUCUGAUUUGUUAGCGGUGGCUCUGCAGACAUUAUAUAUGUCGUGUCACGUAUGUUUUCAGAGUCAGAGACGAUCGUUGGAGUCAAGAUGAAGUUGCUUGCAGUGUUUCUGCUGGCAGUGCUGGGCUGCGGUCUGGCUGAAGGGCUGCUUGUGUCGAAAUGCGACCUGAGAGACCAACUGAGGAAGGCGAUCGCCAGCCGGAUAGAUAAGGAAAAGCAGCAACUGUCUGAGGAAACCCUGGCCAAGAUUGUCUGUCACGCGGAGACGGCAUCAGGUUUUAACACCAGUGUGAUCCAUGAGCUGAGCCCCGAGAUGGACAACCAUCAACACAGGAGGAGGAGGAAUGCUGGUUACGAGGGCAUAUUUGGCCUGGCUGAGUACGAAGGCACUGAAAGCACAAUCAGUCCCCACACUCAGGGGCGGCGGAGCGCCAAGGAGCAUCUAUCGCCCACCUGGCCUAAACCACCCACCAGACCUCAAUCACGUUACAGGACUACACCAGCCACCCAGCCUACACAUGAUGACAAGGAAGUCUGGACAUUAUAUGGCCUUUUCCAGCUCAGCAAUCACCUGGUCUGCAGUGACGGCACUACUCCAUCACCCAACAUCUGUGACAAAAACUGCAGCGACUUUGUUGAUGACGACAUUAAUGAUGACAUCAAAUGUGUGUUGGACUGCUUGAACAAAUUUCUUAAAGACGGCUUCAACAUGCAACAUGCCAAGGAGAUGAAAAGAAUGAUCAUGUUCAUCUUCCAGGAGGAGUGCAGAGGAGUGACAGCCUCUGAUUACUUCGCUGAAUGUGCAUAACCUAAAUUCAUUUCAUGCCAUAAGUAUCACUUAAGCAAUGAACCUUCUCUCAAAUGAGCAGCCAGUGAUUUAUGGCCAUAAUAAAGUGAAGCAUCUUUUA